AAAGUAUGUAAGUGACAGUGCCAGACCCACCUGCUUUCUUCAAGAUGAUCUGUUAGGAAACAGCAGGUGCCUGAGGGAGAGAAAGCUGCGGAUCAACCAGCCCGCCACCCAAGCACCGGACACCAAGUCCCAUUGCACUCAGCUGGCCGGCAAACAGGAUCACGUGGCACAGAGGACGAGCACCUGAUACUACUGGCACGUCACGGUUUAAAGCACCUGUCAAUAAAUACACCCUCCGGGGCUUCACUAUUGCACUAAACCCUGUCGUGUGAUUCUUCAGCCCGUAACACUGGUGGAGAAUGCGGGCAGAUUGCUGAAGGAUCACCGACCCACACGAUUGUACUGGUUCACCAAAUUGUUGUUUUUUCCCUCUCUGAUCUUCCGUCAGGCGGUGACUCCCUCCCCAGCUAUGGAAGAGCUUCUCAAACACCUGACGGAAAUAAGCAUUCCGCAUUCGCGGAUACUGGCACCGUUGCUAACCGGGGAACCCCAACAGGCCAACUUUUCCAUGCCAGCGCGCCAAAAGGAAUCCUAUGAUGAACUACGGAAGGAAAUUCUGGUGCGCGUGGGUUCGUUUCCCAUUGCCGCGGCCCAAUUGUUGAGAGUCUGGGAGUAUAACAGUCGGUUGCCAGCCCGCGCCCAAGCCGCCGAACUCAACCACCUCGCCCAUCACUGGUUGCUCACCGGAAGCCCCUGCACCGCCCAAGUGGCCGAAUGCGUCGUCGUGGACCGGUAUUUGUAUGCCCUGCCACGGCCCCUUCGGCAGGCGGCCGGAAUGAGGAAUCCACACACCGUGGGAGAGCUCGUCGAGGCCGUUGAGCUAGUGGAGAUGACGAUGCGACGAGAGGCUGGGGAGCGAGCACCGCCAUUUCCCCGGAGGGUGUACCAGGAGCGACGCACACCAGAGGGCACCCAGCGCACAGUCAGCAGGUUGCCGAUUCCCGGCGUACAGGAUGAGCCUAUGCCAACGGAAGGAAAGCCAACUGUACCACAUCAAUCUCCUGAUACGCUGGGAGGGGACGAGGACUCGGGUUGCGGCCCGAGCCGCCUCCUCAACCGUGGUCAUUGACGUCAGUCCCCACCUGUCGGCCGCCCAGAAGAUGGAGCCCCAACAUCUGGUCGGUCAGUUCUCUGAUGUGUUCUUCCCACAUCCCGGGUGGACCCAUCCACUGCAGCAUGACGUGUGCACACCGCCAUUGAUAAUGCAGUCCCAACGAAAAAGGGUCACAAUUCUGUGUUGGAACCGCAUGCGGUGAGUAAAACUGCUUCAAAUAUCUCUGUGUUAUUAACUUAGCUAUCGGCAUGUAAGCACAUCAAGUAAACAACAUGCGAUGUUGUCAUCAAACUGCACUUUCCACAUGUACAGCUUAAAAAAAAAAAAAAAAAAAAAAAAGACAAA